AUGGGAGUGUAUGAGGAGCGCAACCCUCCUACCACCGGCAUGCACUGGCAGCCGCCAAGCUCGCAGGAGCGAGGUAGCGGCUUGGCUUUGGGCUGUCAAGGUGGGUUAGGAGGGAGCGCAGGGGGGCCUGGAGCAAUGGAUCAGACGCGGGAUCUUAGCCCGUGUCUUCCUGCGUCAAUGGGUGAUGCCGCAAGACCAACUACUUUGCCUUGUAGCCCCCCUGCGGCUCAUCACGGAACACAUCGUAUGCUUUAUCAAACUCACUGUGGCACCAAUAAUAACUGCUACGAAGGAUCGACCACCCCUUACGAACUGAGAGAUUACGGAUCACCUGGAGGUGGAACAGAGUUUCGAAAUAGUAGUUAUGAUAAUCCAAGUGACUCCAAUAUUCAAACUCAACCGACACCUAAUCAUCAUCAGCAUCACAAUCAUCAAAUUCAUCAACAAUCACAGUCGUUAGAAGGCCGACCGCCGGAUGAUUUACAUGCAGUCCCCAAGUUGGAACCACCGCCAACACCACCAUCUCAGCUGGAAGAUGUUCCUGGGGUUGUCUGUGCUGGAUGCGGUCUUAGAAUAUCCGACAGGUUUUAUCUCCAGGCGGUCGAUAGGAGGUGGCAUGCUGCAUGCUUACAAUGCUCUCACUGUCACCAGGGGCUUGAUGGUGAAGUCACCUGUUUCAGCAGAGAUGGAAAUAUUUAUUGCAAAAAAGAUUAUUACAAAAUGUUUGGCAGUAUGAAACGUUGCUCAAGAUGUCAAGCGGCUAUCUUAGCAUCAGAGUUGGUGAUGAGAGCCCGAGAAUUAGUAUUUCACGUCAGAUGUUUCUCUUGUGCAGCAUGUGCAGUACCACUUACUAAAGGAGAUCAUUUUGGUAUGAGAGAUGGUGCUGUCCUAUGUCGUCUUCACUAUGAAAUGGGUGCUGAACUUCAUCCAUCACAAAGUCCACCAGUUCCUGUAUAUCCACCAGGUCCUCACUAUCCUGGUCAACCAUUUUCAUCAUCAGAAUAUUUACAUCAUCAACCACACCAUGUAUCAUCACAUUCUCAUCAUUCUAUGCAUCCUCAACAUCCUCAUCAACUUACUCACGCCAGUCCUGUACCACUUCAACCAUCAACACCUUCAGGACCAGAUGUAGGAUCACCACCUAAAGUACCCUACUUCAAUGGUGCCGCUCAAGCUGUUGGAAGUGCUGCCGGAGUUCCACCACCUAGACAAAAAGGACGACCUAGAAAAAGGAAACCCAAGGACUUGGAGUCGAUGACAGCUAGUCUCGAUUUGAACUCAGAAUAUAUGGAUAUGCCUUUCGGAAGAGGUGGUCCAGGAACUCCAGGCAUGCCUGGAUCUAAUAGUCGAACAAAACGUAUGAGAACAAGUUUUAAGCAUCAUCAGUUAAGGACGAUGAAGAGUUACUUUGCCAUCAAUCACAAUCCUGAUGCCAAGGAUCUUAAGCAGCUUUCCCAGAAGACCGGAUUGCCAAAGAGGGUACUGCAGGUAUGGUUUCAAAAUGCAAGAGCGAAAUGGCGACGAAUGGUACUAAAACAAGAAGGCAAAUCAGACAAAUGUGGCAGCGUCGAUGGAAACUCUUUAGGAGACCUUGAAUUGUAUGGCAACAGCGCUGGAAGUGGAGGUCCACCAAUGAGUCCACCUUUUAUGUUGGCUGGACCACAUAGUCCUGCUUCUUUGGCCUCUUUGGAUUGCGCGUGAUUUAAUCAUUUAUUCCGUAUUAGGAACAUCUUUUGCGAAUCAGUAUCAGGUGGAUUUCAUUAUCCAAAUCUAGCCUCUAACGACUCUAAAAUCGAUGUGAAUAUUUAAUGACGAGUCUUAGAGACCUUGUAAAGAAUCAAUUUAACGUCUGAACAACUAGGAUAAAGUUGUAGUUGUAUGAACUGUUUAUAUAAGGAAAAUAUGAAUAUAUAAAUAGCGAUAAUAUCGCCUUGUACUAUAGCUAGCGAAAAAAAAACAAUUAUAAAAAAUUUACGUGUAUUUAUUGUAAACGUUAAAGAAAAUUGACAAAAGAUAUUUUUGUCGUUAUUUAAACAAAACAAAAAAAAAUAAUAAUAAUAAAAAUUAACAAUAUCCCGGAUGAUAUUGACAAAGGCUAUGACGUGAAAAAGUUGAAAAAAAAUAUAUAUAUAACUGUGGAAUGCAAUGAUGGUUAAAAAGCCGAUUAGAUUUAUACUAUGACAUUAUUUCAAGAGAUGAUUCCUUCUUUUUCACAAUUAAUCUUUUAAAUAAAUAAUACGUGACUAGCUAAUUAGUAUUUAUUUGUAAGAUUUCAUCAGCCAGUGAAAUUUUAUUUUUAUUGGAUUAAAGACGAUACUUUUUUAUGUAAAUAUUUGAAUCAAUAAAAACAAACAAUCACCUAAUAAGUACAUAAUAUACAUUUACAUACAACAAAAAAAAACAUACAUCGUGGACAGUGAUCUACAUUUAGGGAUGUAUUGCAUUAAGGUUGCGGUCGUUAUAGCUGUGGUCAUGUAAUAAUAAUAGUACUAUUGCUCCUAUCAUUAGCCUUGUAACUGAUCGGAACUGCAUAAUUUUACAAGAUGAUUUUUUCAUUGAAUAUAUUUUGACAAUAUUA